AUGACCUUAGCACAUGAGGUUUCGGCCUCAGGAGGGUUGAGGGUUCAGUUGGAAUGGUCCAAAGGACAAGUUCAGGAGGAGCAAAAUCAUCUAGGACAAUCAAAAGGUCAGAAUGACCACAAGACAAUCACUCAACAUUCAACUAGUAGUGCUAAUAGCACACAAAAUCAACAAACAAGUGACGUUAAUUCAAUUCAAACUAGCAGACAAUCAUCGACGAGAGCAAUCUGCUCAAGUCAAACACUUCCAGGUCAUCUACAUGAUGAUCAUUCAACGCUGUUAGCAACAGCAAAAGUCAAAGCCAAUUCACACUCAGGAAGUUACAUUGCACGAGUGCUCAUAGAUCCUGGAUCAGAGCUAACAUUAAUCACUUCUCAUCUAGCCAACCUGCUGCAACUGAGAAAACACCAUCAGACAAUCAACAUAAGAGGAGUGGAAAGCUCUAAGCUAACUCAAACAAAAGGUGUAACAUUCUGCGAGCUACAAUCAUCAUCAUCCAGUCAUUCAGUAUACAUUCGGGCUCACAUAAUGAAACAGUUGACAGCUUUAAUUCCAAAAGUGCUAUCUGAUCCAACAUUCAACAUUCCACAAUCAAUAGACAUUCUACUUGGAGCUGACUUUUAUGGAAAAAUCAUAAAACAAAAUAUCAUAUAUAAUUCUCCAACAGCUCCUAUAGCCCAACUUUCCAUCUUUGGUUGGCUAAUUCUUGGUCUGGUAGCACCAAAUACAUCAGUCAAUUAUUAUCAUAUUCAUCAUGCUACUACAAUCACGAACCAUGAAGACAUUCGAGAGUCGCUGACAAAAUUCUGGGUUCAAGAAGAAGUUCCUAUGUCAAAUCAACAUCAAUUAUCAUCCUUGGACCAACAAUAUGAAGAUUUCUUCAAAUCAACACACUCUAGACAUUCAUCAGGACGAUACAUUGUCAGAAUUCGACUCAUUUCUUCACCUGCAGCUCUUGGAGACUCCUAUACAACUGCGUAUCGAUGCUUGAAACGUCAGUUGAGGAGAUCAACCAGCGAGACUGAAUACAGCAAUCUGUAUAGACAAUUCAUGAAGGGAUACGAAGAACUUGGUCAUAUGAGACCUGCUCCAACAAUCAAUCAAGAAUCUCAAGACAUUCAUCCAUACUUUCUUCCUCAUCAUGGGGUUUUAAGACCAAGUAGCACUACCACUAAGCUCAGAGUAGUCUUCAAUGGAUCCAGCCCGACGUCAACUGGAAUUUCAUUGAAUGACAUCACUUAUACUGGAGCAAAAAUUCAAUUAGACAUCUUUGACGUACUUCUUUGGGUUCGUCAACAUCAAUAUGUAUUCGCAACUGACAUAACAAAAAUAUCAGCUCCUUAUCUAGCAGUUCGUGUGUUACUGCAAUUAGUAGAGGAUGAAGGCCAUAAAUAUCCAAAAGCAACUCAGACAAUCAUUAAAGGUAGUUAUGUCGACGACAUAUUUGGAGGAGCAGAUUCUCCAGAAGAAUUAAUUCAAGUUGCUGAGGAACUAAUCAACUUGUGCAAGGCGAGCGGCUUUCCCCUUGCAAAAUGGCAAUCAAACAGUCAAUCACUUUUUCAAAAAACGUCACAAUCAUCAGGCAAUCAACAAAAAAUCACCUUCGAAGACUGCACUACAAAAAUUCUUGGACUUCAAUGGAAUCCAAGCUCAGACACAUUCACAUUCACAUCAAAAUCAGUCACUCAUGAGUCAACAUAUUCAAAACGCCUCAUUCUUUCAGAAGUAGCUCAAAUUUAUGAUCCUUUGGGAGAAAAAUUCACUCAACUUCAUGAGAUCUCACUUCCACGAUGGAUUCACACAACCAGACAUUCAACUGUAGAAAUUCAUGGAUUCUCUGAUGCUUCACAGCUUGCGAUGGCUGCAGCAAUCUACCUAAAAAUCAAUUCACCGUCCACAGGGUCCAAAAUCACACUCAUCUAUGCGAAAACGAAACAAAACUCACCAAGUAAACAUUCAAUUUACUCAUGGACGGACUCUUCAAUCACUUAUUCAUGGAUCAAUUCAAAUGCAGGACGCUGGAAGGACUUUGUCAGAAACAGAGUAGUGCAAAUUCAAGAACUAGUUGCGGACGCGCACUGGCACCACAUUUCUGGCAAGGCAAAUCCAGCGGACUGUGCUUCAAGAGGCAUCACAGCCAAUCAAUUAAAAGAUUACUCGCUAUGGUGGAGGGGACCCACCUGGUUAGCUGAAAAUCAAGAAAACCGGCCAGUAAAUUCACCACCAGCUGACGAGGCUUGUAACUUAGAAGCUCGUCCUGGAAUAUCACUCAUAGCAGCAAUUCAAGAUACAAUAAUGCAAUGGGACUUGGUCAACAGAUAUUCUACACUCAACAAGUUACUUAGAAUCACCGCCUUAAUCAUUAAAUUCACUUCAAUCUUCUGGAUAAAGUCUACUCAAGCAGCACAUUUUCACCAAGAAAUCAGGACUUUAUCCAACAAUCAACAUCUUCCACCAAACCAUUCAUUCAACAGACUCACAGCAUACGUUGACUCAGAAGGAGUUCUACGAGUAGGAGGACGACUUCAGCAUGCUCUGUUGAGUCAUGAUUCAAAACAUCAAUCAAUUCUACCUCGACAUUCACCAUUCACCACUCUUAUUAUUAGACAUUAUCAUUUAGCCACACUACAUGGUGGCACUCAACUUACACUCACAACAAUCAGACAACGUUACUGGAUCAUAGGUGGAAGAGCUCCAGUAAAAACAUUCAUUCUUCGGUGCAUCGAAUGUGCUCGACAAAGAGGCAUAAGAGCAUAA